AGAAGAAAAACAAAAAAAAUAUAUAUAUAUAAAAAUUAUGAAUGAAUUUUUAAAUACAACAACAAUGACACACUAUAACAAUAACAAAAUGUGUAAAUAUACUACAAUAACAAAUAAUAACAAUAAAACCCAUAGUCAUCACUACAACAUGAGACUACCAAAAGGAAUAGGAGGAUUAUCUCAUCAUUUAUUAUUUGUCGUAUUCAUAAUAAUGAUACAACAAAUACAGUUUUUCCCCGGCUGCUCAGCUUUAGUUUUUAUGAUGACACCACCAUCACUUACUGACAACAUAGCAGCUGCUACUGUACCAGAAAAUUCACAGAUUUUGACAGCUAUGACACAGACAAACAUGAACUUAACUACCGAUACGGCAGCGUCGCCGUCGGCAGUGACAACAGCCAUAACGUCCACCCCAAUUUCAACGAAUUCACCACCCCAACGUCGUCCACCACCACGUGUUGUUCUCAAUAAGUGCUGUUUGUUUGGUGAAUAUUUAGAUAAAUCAAAGACUUGUGUGGCGGGUAGUUCAGAACUUUGGAUACCUUUGAUUUAUCUAAUAAAUCGUAAAAAACAUCAUGAACCUCCAGGUACAGCUCCGAAAUUUAUCACCUUUGAAGAUAAUAUAUUUCCUAUAAGUCGUGCCCGCAACAUUAAUGAGAUUGUAAGAAAUUCCACUGAGGAUGAGGUGACCUGCACUGUGGAGGAUUUAGAAUUGAUAACGGGUAAUCAUAAUAUAGUACUAUUUUCCAAUGGUUCUUUAUUCUUGCCCGAAAGAGCCAUAUCAUUGCCACCCUCACGUUAUUGUGUAGAUCAACAAGCAGCCUUGGUAUGCUUUCCAAAAUCGAAGGAAACUCUUCCUACGCUUAAGCUUAAGAAGUGUUGUGGUCAACAUGGAGCCUAUGAUGAUGAAAUGAAAAAAUGUCAUAUAGAUGCUGGACAUAAAAGGAAAUUAAGUAUUACCCAUUUGGAAGAAAAUGAAUAUCAAACCAUUUAUGGUUUUCCACAAUGCAAGACGGGAUCAACAACAUUUGCUAUAGCGGGCGACUGGGAAGCUUCUCAAUUGUACGCGGAAUCAGGACAUUUACACUUGCCCACGCACAAAUUGAAUCUUUCGUCUAGUGAUUAUUGUUUGGAAUAUUUACGCACAAAUAAUGGAUCUUCCGAUUCCUUAAAAAUAUUUGCUUGUUUACAUCAUUUUGGGCCAGAGGAUGAAUAUGGCACCAAUGAUUCUAAUAGAAGACAAAAUGCAGCUUUAAGUUUUGGUCUAGUCAUAUCAGUGGUGUUUUUAGCAGCCACCUUGGUGGCUAGUUACUUAAUGCCUUCGGUACAUCAUGUUCUACACUGGAGAUGUCAAAUUUAUUACGUAUUUUGCCUAUUCAUAGCAGAGCUGCUGUUCUCCUGGAUUCAAUUGUCCAAGACUAUGGUUUUACAUGAGGGUCUUUGCAAUUUGGUGGCCAGUGCUAUGCACUUUUUCUUUCUGUCUGCCUUUUUCUGGCUUAACACUAUGUGUUUCAAUAUCUGGUGGACAUUUAGAGAUUUCCGUCCAAGCUCUUUGGAACGUAAUCAAGAACUAAUAAGACUGCGUCUGUACUCAGCAUAUGCCUGGGGUAUACCACUACUUAUAGCCACCAUAGCGGCCUGUGUUAAUCUUAUACCAGAGUCUUCCCUUUUGAGACCGGGUUUCGGUGAAAGCAAUUGCUGGUUUAGCGGUGAACGUUUAUCAAUAUUUGCCUAUUUCUUUGGACCCAUAGGCAUACUCUUAACCGUCAAUAUAAUGCUGUUCGUCUCGACCACACAUCAAUUGACCUGUGGUCUUUGGAAGCGUGAUGAUGUCAAAUCAACUACAGAAAAAACUGCCUUAGGAAAGGUGUGCCUCAAGUUGGUGGUAGUCAUGGGUGUAACCUGGAUUGUUGAUGUUUUAUCAUGGAUUGUGGGUGGUCCACAGUGUUGGUGGUUUGUCACCGAUUUCAUUAACGCCAUACAAGGUGUUUUCAUUUUCCUAGUGGUUGGCUGUCAGCCACAAGUUUGGGCCGCAUGUAAACGUUUCUGUUGCCCUCGUUCGCGUGGAGAAAUAACAAAUACCACAAAUGGCGUACAGCAUUCUUCAUCUUCGCAAGGUUUACCAUCUAUGGCUGCAUGUGGUGGCGAAAUAACACAAAACACUUCAGUGGCUAAUACCACAAUGAAUGGAGGAGUACACAACACUUCAUCUAUAGCGAAAAUUCCCAUGGAGACUGUGUGCUAACAAAGCAAUGGCAACUAAAUAUUAUUGGAAUAAAAUACGCAGACAAUAAAGAAAAAGAACAACAACAACAAAAAA